CGACCGCCAAAUUUGGAUAAUUUCUUUCCACAGAUACAUCACAAGCAUGGCAAUCAUUUAGAUCACAAACUGCAUGCGAUAUCUCAGUGGUUAGACGGCCGCUCUGAUUCCACUAUAUACGACUACAUCUACCAUGUGAAUGCCGGAGCUGGUUUAAAUCUGUUUGAGGGAGACAUCACUGGAUACCACAGAAACCACCGCCACUCAACCAGGGCAGCAAUACGAAACAGCAAUGCUCUCUGGAACACACGAGUAGUACCCUAUGAAUUUCACCCACUUUUCAACGCUGAGGACAAGCCAGACGUAAUGGCGGCUAUAGAGGAUUUCCACAAUAAGACGUGUAUACGAUUCAUCCAGCGAACGACUCAGAAAGAUUACAUUGUAUUCAGACAAGAACACGGGUGUUCUUCUAGCAUUGGACGACAAGGGGGCCUACAGAAUGUUUCACUAGCACAGGAGUGUCUGAAGAAAGGCACAGCUAUCCACGAGCUGAUGCACGUAGUCGGGUUUUUUCACGAACAAAGUCGUCCGGACAGAGACGCGUGGGUUCGAGUCAUUCUAUCAAAUGUCAUACAUGAUAAAGAAGACAACUUUGAUAGAAUGAGUGCAAUUGAGGUAAAUACCCUGGGUAUAUCAUACGACUACGGCAGUGUUAUGCAUUACUCUAAGACAGCGUUCAGCAAAAAUGGCAACCCAACACUGCUACCCAUCCGGGACACAAACGCGGUCAUCGGUCAGCGGCAUGGCUUCAGUCAGCUAGACAUCGAAAAAGUUAACACUCUGUACAGAUGUGGCGAUAUUGCACCUCUGCCAGCAACACCGCAUCCUACAUCAGUUCAUAAUCCAUCAAACCUUCUAAACGCACUGACAAAUUUCCAGACGACUCUUUGCCAGAGAAAUGGAUGGUUAUCGUGGUCCAAGUGGUCAAUGUGUAAUUUGAAUUGCCAACAACAGCGCCAGCGAUUUUGCAGACCUGAAUGCUCGGACCUCAGUGAUUGUCCAGGAAGCUCUAAGGAAGUCAAGAACUGUCCAAACACCUGCAGACGCGCUUAUUAUGUUGGCUGUUGGAGAGUUGAUCCAAGUAACCUCACGAUAUCGUCGAUGGGAGAUUUCUAUGGUUUCGACCAUUCGAAGACAGUGAGGAAGUGUGCUGAACUGGCAGUAACCAAUGGUUUCUCGGUGUUUGCCAUGUUUAAUAACACAGAAUGUCUGACGGACGCUAAUGCGUACAGAACCUUCUCUCUGUUAGGUCCAUCCAAGAACUGCGGAGUUUUCUCAAUGGGCGCUACUGAUGCCAUCAGUGUUUAUACAUAUGAAAAACAUAUGGACGGAAGAUGGGGAGCCUGGGGAGCCUGGCAACAGUGUGACCGUUCCUGUGGGGGAGGGAGACAGUAUAGAUACAGACUUUGUGACAGUCCCCCGCCUGUGGGUGACGGGGCUAUGUGUCAGGGAGGUGACCAGGAACACAGAGAAUGUAACACACGGAUAUGCGUGGAAAAUCCAUUGUGUGGCAAGAAGUUCUACAUGAGCGAAUCUGGAGAAGGAGGAAUAAUUAAUUUGAAUGGCUAUAACAACUCUAUGAAAUGUAAUUACGAAAUCGAGACGAGUAGUCACCUCACCAUCUCCCUCCUAAUCACGAGAAUGGACAUUGAAUUUGCUGCAGGAUGUCAGUAUGAUGCCCUUAUGGUAUAUGAUGGAGAAAAUAACUUCAACAAUUCCUUUUUGAUGGGAACACACUGUGGUAACAUUAAUCCCUACCCAAUGAUUUCGUCCAACAACAAGGUCCAAAUAAAAUUCCAAUCAGACGAAACCGUCACCGGCUCAGGGUUCACCAUGUACUAUACAAUCAAUAACGGACAGAGAAAGACCUGCAUCGAGCCUGUCCCGACGGCUCAUUGUUCUGUUACAUACACUACUCACUUUGUGGGGGACACAGUGACUUAUCAGUGUCAUAAUGGGUAUCAUUUCAAGGAUCCAAAUCAUCCUGCCACUUUGAGAUGUUUAAACCAGCCCGCCUUUGCUGUGUGGUCCGAUAUGUUUCCUGUAUGUGUGAGGUCUUUUCGGACAUCAAGACUGAAAACACCCACUCGCUGUGAUUUUGAGGGAAAUAUGUGUGGGUUUAACCAAAGUGCUUCGGAUGAUUUUGAUUGGUGGAUUGAACAACCAAAGGAAACUCAACACUUACAAAAGCCGCGAUUGGAUAACAGAAAUUCUACCAGAGGAAACUUUCUUUACACGGAAUCGACACGGAAUGGCUCACCGGAGGAUUUUGCAGAUAUAACUACAAAGAUUUACACAAUUCAUAGGGAUCGAGGACAGUGUUUGUCAUUUUCAUACUCUGUCUACGGGAAGGAUGGCUCCACGCUAGCUGUGUACGUAAAAGACUCGACUACAGAACGUCUAUCGCGACCACUUACCAUUGUCUCAAGCCUGCACGAUUACUGGGGAAAAGAAAUGGUCAAUAUAUAUCCAAAAAAUCACUUUCAGAUAAUAUUUCGUUUUACAAUGGGUACAAGUUACGGAAGUUCCGCUGCUCUCGAUGACGUCAUACUACGUGAAGGACCAUGCCAACAGUCAUGAUUAAACAGUCCACCUAUCAACAAUAAUUUUCAAUUUUCAUUCCAGUAUUAUCAGACAUAAGCGAUGUUAAAUUUUCUAAUUUCAUUUGCAUACGUCACAAUAAGUCCUUUGUAUUAAUGAAAAGCUUGUUUCACCUCAAUAGAAAAAAGUGAAACACAGGAGUUAGUGCAAUGUUUUAAUCAAACUUUGGACUAUAUGUAUACACGUGCAUGAACAACAUGAUAUGCAAUAUUUACUGAUAAUAACGGCUUUGUUUGAAAUAUUAAAGACGGGUAAACAUAU